GAUUGAGUGUUUGAACCUUACUUAAGAUACAGUACAGUUUAGAUUUCUUAAAUUCUCAUUUGCCUACUUGUCUUAGUGAUUGUGUUGAGCAGGAGGCUCUGCAGUGUUGUCCUGUCGUCCUGAGAAAAGAGCACAAUGGUGGUCGCAGUUCACUCAGCCUCUCUGGCCCUGAUGAUAUCUUUUGCUUUUGGUGUUGCAGAUGCUAUUCGGACCUUGAAAGAUGGACCUAUGAUAGAUGCUGAAGGAAGGGAAUAUAAAUCUGCCAAAUUCACAAUUGAUGCAGAAGACAUCAGCAGGCCACAAUUCAAUGAUGGAUCCACUGUCCGUGUACAAUGCACCGACGCGUCCAUGAUCAUCGUGGUAAAAGCUGACCUGUAUAACAAUGGACGCCCUGUGUAUCUAGAGGAGCUCUAUUUAGGCGAACCAGAGCAUUCACAGAGAACUCAGUGCCGAGCUGUUGCUGCCGGUGACUCUGAAUAUGUCAUUGAAGCUGGACUGCAAGACUGUGGCUCCAAAUUAUCUAUAUCUGAUGACUCUGUGAUCUACUCAAACAAGCUGAUAGUAUCACCAGCUGCCAGUUAUCAUGGCAUUACAAGGAGGACGCAUGCUGUAGUUCCGGUUUCCUGUCACUAUAAAAGGACACACCUUGUGAGCAGCAUUGAUCAGCAGCUGCACCUGGCCCCCUCCACUCCUGCAGAGGUUUCAAUCGCUGCUUUCUCUCUCAAGCUGAUGACUGAUGACUGGACGAGUGAGACAUUCUCCAGGACCUUCUACAUUGGAGGACUCCUACACCUCAAGGCAUCUUACACUGGGCCUGACUCAGAACAAAGACGGCUCUUCAUCGACAGCUGUGUCGUCACUCUGUCACCCGACGCAAUGUCAGUUCCCAGAUACAAAUUCAUUGAAAACCAUGGGUGCCUCACUGAUGCAAAAGAGGAAGGAUCAAACGCACUAUUCCAACCCAGAACGAGUGUUUCUUCGCUUCAACUGCAGCUUGAUGCUUUCCUGUUUUACGAGGAUUCAAGGAACUCGAUAUUUAUCACUUGCCAGCUGAAAGCAACCUCUGAAAUGUGGAUGAGCAGCCCCAUCAACAAGGCCUGCAAUUAUGUACAUUCAAGAUGGAUAAAUGAGGAUGGCAGGGAUGUGUGUCGCUGUUGUGACAGGAUCUGUUACAAAAGUUCUCCAGGCUAUGACACAAAUGUGAGCCCUCAGAUCCCUGAAGAAAUCGUGGCCAGUGGAACUGUAACACUUGGCCCUUUGAUGGUUUUC